AUCAUGCUGUGUGUCACCGUUCCACAGCGGAGAUGGAUGAUGCUGUUGCUGCUGGUGCUGGGACUGCUGAUGCAGAGCUCACUUCGCCACUGCCAGUUGCCAGUCCAGUUGUGUACUCACAUGUCACUUGUGGUACUUCUUGUUUUACUCCUAUGCGCACCCAUAAUGGGGGAGAUAUCAAAGAUCCUCAGUGCCACCACUGGAGGCUCCGUCCUGAUCCCCUGCUCUCUACCAGUUCCUCCACUGAGUCUCAGAUGGUUUUACUGGCAGGAGGACCAGUCCACCAACAUCUUGUUUCACUGGGACAGUUUCAGUGGGCAAACACAGCCAAUUGCCAACAAAUACAGGGACAGAUGCCAAGUCUUCAGUACUCAGUUUAGUUCUGGAAAUAUUUCCAUUAGACUUGACAAUGUUACUGUUGGAGAUGACAACAAAACAUUCUGGGUCUAUGUACGUUUAAUCGACAAGAAAAACGUCCCCAAACCAUCUGAACAACGUUGCAAAUCCACACUGCAGGUUUCAGCUCCCUACCAACAUCUAGUCCUGACUGUUAACAACACAGCUAACAGAGCAACCUGCACAGCACAUGGAGGAUACCCUGAACCUAAAGUGUCAUGGACGGGUCUAAACAAAUCCAGCACUGCACAGCUGGACCUGCAGGAUGCUGAGACGUCCCUGCAGCAGGAUCCAACAGAGAAAACCUUCUCAGUCACAAGCUCUGUCAGUAUGAAGGAGUUCCAGUCUGUAACCUGCAUCAUCUUCAACCCUCGCACCAACCAGAGGAUUAAAGGAACUGCAGAGAUCAAUGAUUCUGGUAAAGACACGCAAAGUAAACAUGAUUGGACUAAUGGAGAAAUUGCAGGUUUGGUAAUUGGCAUCCUCAUCCUCAUCCUCAUCGCCAUCAUAUGUGUGUGCCUCUACAGAAGACGUGCACCAGCAGAGGGUGCAGACCCCCCUUUGCCUGUGCCAGCUGAUGGCAAUGAGGAAGACCUGCAAGAAGACCAACCUGAUCAGGGCCUUCUAGCUCAGGAUAAAAGGUGUAUUCAGAAUCUACAAGACCCACCAAAUGCAAAUGAAGACCCAGCUGAAGGAAAUGUUCUUGAUCUGCUCAACGCGUCAGGACAAAAUCAACCUGAGGAAAAUAGUCCACUAAUGAGGAGGAAUGGUGCUGAAAGCUCGACUGAUGAGGAUGCUGCUACUGGUGGAGGAGGUGCUUCUGGUGGUGCUGAUGCAGAACAUGACAAAAGCAGUGCACCAGCAGAGGGUGCAGACCCCUCUUUGCCUGUGCCAGCUGAUGGCAAUGAGGAAGACCUGCAAGAAGACCAACCUGAUCAGGGCUUUCCAGCUCAGGAUAUAAGGUGUGUCCAGAAUCUACAAGACCCACCAAAUGCAAAUGAAGACCCAGCUGAAGGAAAUGUUCUUGAUGUUCUGCUCAACGUGUCAGGACAAAAUCAACCUGAGGAAAAUAUUCCACGAAGGAGGAGGAAUGGUGCUGAAAGCUCGACUGAUGAGGAUGCAGCUACUGGUGGAGGUGGUGCUUCUGGUGGUGCUGAUGCAGAACAUGACAAAAGCAGUUAAAUGGAGAUUUAAAUUAAUUUUAUUUAUUUAUCUAUUUACACAUUUCUUGCAAAAUCAUUUUCUUAUUUUGAGUUUGUAUCUCUUUCUAAUCUCUUUCUAAAUUGUGGGGAUAGAGUUUCCUUGUUACAUUGUGGGUGGUGUUAUCAUUGAGUGUUUUAUUGAUUACAGUUAUUACUUUGUGUGUAUGGGGUUGUUUUUAGGGUGUGAAGCAUUUUGUUUGAAUGAAAAGUCUAUAUUAUUACAACCACUGUGUGACUAUACAAAUAAAGUAUGAAUCAUAACUGGGAUCAGAAAUGGUGCUGGAAGGGAGGCAAAACAGGAGUUAAAGAACUACAGUAGUUUAAACUGGUAUCAAACUUUUUAGAUGUCGUUUUAAAAAAUAAAGUUACAGAAAGAAACUAACUGAUCAACACCUCAGACGUGUGCUUUAUCAAUAUCAGGUGCUAUUUUCUACAGAUGUUCAGUUAUUUGGGUCCAAAGAACCACAAUGGUUUAAAUGGUUAAAUUAUUCUUGUUUUUGCUAUAAAUGUCUGACAGUGUCCUUGUUAAUAUGUAACUGCAAACAUUUUAUAUCCUUUAUCUUGAAUUUAAUUUUCAAUUUCAAUUGUUAAAGUUUUACAACGGUAUAACAGUUUUAAGAGAAAAUCUGUGCUGUUAUCAUUGAAUGUUUUACAUUUAUCAGUUUUGUUUUUGUGAACAGUGUAUACUAUAGUGUAUGUAACUAUACAAAUAAAGUGUGAUUGAUUGAUU